AUGAACUCAUUGGCAAUCAAGAAUGAGGUGUCUACCACUUCAUUUGCCUUCUACUCUGCCGAUGAGAUUAGAAAGAUCUCUCAAAAGCAGAUCACAGAGCCAGAGACCUUUGACAUCCUAAGCAACCCUCAACCAGGAGGUUGUUACGACAAGUCACUCGGUACAGUCGAGAACAGAGAGAGAUGUAUUGUCUGUAACAUGUCACAUAUGGAUUGUCCGGGACAUUAUGGACAUAUCGAGUUACCAAUCCCAGCUUACAACCCUGUGAUGUUUAAGAUCCUUCACAAGUUGGCACAAAGCACAUGUUUCAACUGUCAUCACUUCAAGCAUGGCAAGUCACUCGUCGACUCAUACAUUCAAGAACUUUCACUACUCUAUAGAGGAGAGAUUGUAAAGGCAAAGCAUGUGCGUGAAGCACAUUUGAUUAAGCGUGGCGCUACAGUUAGGAGAGCUACGAGUAGUAAGGAGGCAGAGGAUAUUACUACAAAGAGGGACGAUGAUAGCAGCGACGAGGAGAGUGAUGAUGAGGACGCUGAUAGGAUGAAGGACGACGAGGAUCUCGGAUCGAUCGACAUCCAGUACUCCAAGUUCCUGGCCAAGGGCGGCAAGGUCACCCACUUUGAGUCGGUGCGCCGUGAGAUCCUGCGUGACUUUAUGAGCUCGGGCAGCAGCUCGCACAGACCCUGCGCCAACUGCACGGCCUACUCGCCCGCAAUCAGAAACUCAGACGCAGCCAAGUCCAAGCUGUUCAUCAUGCCACUCAACGCCAAGCAGAAGACCCAGAACAUCUCUGUGAAUGCGCGCUACAACUUCUCAUCGGUCGACGAGCAGGCCGAGCACGGCACAUACUUCCCACAGUGGGAGCUGCAGGCCAACAUGGUCAAGCUAUUCAAGAAUGAGCGCGAGCUGCUCAAUUUGCUGUUUGGCACGGUGCGUCCCAUCGCUGCCAAGGAUGGCAAGCGCGUCGAGUUUGUCAAGGAGGUCAGCGUCGAGCAGUUCUUCUUCAUCGUCGUACCCGUCAUCCCCAACAAGUACCGUCCAGUCAACUUUGUCAACGGCAUUGCGUCCGAGCACGGUAUGAACGUGCACUACAAGGGCAUCCUGCGUGCCAGCAAGCAGAUCCGCAAGUACAUCGAGUCGACCGCCGAGGCCGACAGCGCCAAGAACCUGGUGACACACGUCAGCGACCUGCAGAUGAACAUCAACAACAUCUACGAUAACUCGCGCACCAGUCUCACGUCGGGCGCUUCCGUGCCACCCGGCAUCAAGCAGGUGCUCGAGAAGAAGGAGGGUCUGUUCCGUAAGAACAUGAUGGGCAAGCGUGUCAACUACGCCGCACGUACCGUCAUUUCGCCAGACAUCUCUCUCGAGUCCAACGAGAUGGGUAUCCCUCAGAUCUUUGCCAUGAAGCUCACAUUCCCUCAGCCAGUCACCGCACUCAACUACACCGAGAUGGCCGCCGCUGUCAUCAACGGUCCCAACGCCUACCCCGGCGCCAACUUCAUCGAGGACGAGCUGGGCAACAUGCUCAGCCUUGAGCGCGAGACGCCAGAGAAGCGUGUCGCCCUGUCAAAGACACUGCUCACAAUCCGUCCCCAAGCCCCACCAGGCGCCGUCAAGAAGGUGUACCGCCAUCUGGUCUCGGGAGACUUUGUGCUGGCUAACCGUCAGCCCACACUUCACAAGCCCGGUAUCAGUGGCCAUCGCGCCAAGGUGCUGGGCGCCGUCGAGAAGACACUGCGUAUGCAUUACUGCAACUGUUCGACCUACAACGCCGAUUUUGAUGGUGAUGAGAUGAACAUCCAUUUCCCGCAGUCGUUCCUGGCGCAGUCAGAGGUGCGUGAGAUCGCCGCCAACAACUUCCAAUACCUGGGUCCACGUGCUGGUGUUCCCCUUCGUGGUCUGAUUCAGGAUCACAUUCUUACUGGAGUGCUGCUGACCAAGCGAGACACCCUGUUCACACGUGCCGACUUCCAAAAGGUGCUGUACGCAAGUUGCUGGGCUGUCAACACCUCCCAUCCCAUCAAGACACCACCACCCUGCAUCAUCAAGCCCGUGCCAUUGUGGUCGGGCAAGCAGCUUAUCAGCGCGGCCAUGGACCAUCUGACCAUCGGCUACCUGCCACUCAACUUCACGGGCGCAUCCAAGAUUCCCGCCAAGCUCUGGGGUAAGCACGGAUCCGAUCUGAUGCGCGAUGCCACCGUCAUCAUCAAGGACAACGAGAUGUUGGUCGGUAUUCUCGAUAAGAACCACUUUGGUGCCACAGGCAACGGUCUGGUUCACACAUGCUACGAGUUCUACAGUCCAAACAUUGCUGGCCAGCUUCUCACUGUGCUGGGCCGUAUGUUCACCAACUACCUGUCGACACGUGGCUUCACAUGUGGUGUGGACGACCUGCUCAUCAACGCCAAGGAGAACAAGUUCCGCACAGAGACAUUGAACAAGGCCAACUCCGAGGGUCUCGAAGUGGCCGCUCGUUUUGCUGAGCAAGCCAAGUACGACAAGAAGGACAACGCAGCAUUCAUGGCCAACGCACUCAAGGAGGAGCGUGAGGUGGCUCGUCUCGACUCGAUGCUCAAGAAGGCACUCAACUCGCACACAUCAAAGAUCAUCGAUACACUGCUGCCAGGCGGCCAGCUCAAGGCCUUCCCCGACAACAACUUCUCGCUGAUGACCAACUCGGGAGCCAAGGGUUCCGUGGUCAACUUCUCGCAGGUGUCCUGUCUUCUGGGUCAGCAGGAGCUCGAGGGCAAGCGUGUUCCUCGCAUGGUGUCUGGAAAGACACUUCCAUCAUUCGAGCCUUAUGAUGCAUCAGCACGUGCUGGUGGCUUCAUUAUGGACCGUUUCUUGACAGGUGUGCGUCCACAAGACUACUACUUCCAUUGUAUGGCCGGUCGUGAGGGUCUGAUCGAUACCGCCGUCAAGACUGCACGUUCUGGUUACUUGCAGCGUUGUAUCAUCAAACAUCUUGAGGGUCUCACCGUGCAGUACGACAACACAGUGCGUGACUCUGAUGGUUCGAUCAUCCAGUUCAACUAUGGUGAGGACUCACUCGAGAUCACCAAGCGCCAGUACUUGCUCAACUUUGACAACAUCGCUCAGAACUUUGAUCUGUUCAAGAGCCACUUCCGCGAGGAGUUGAAGGACAUUGAGAAGAACUGGAACAGCAAGGAGACCAAGAAGAUCUUGGAGGCACACGAGAAGAUCCAAUCAAAGCCCAUGGACAAGCGUGACGACCCAGUCAUGAGUCGCUUCAAUGCCAACGAGAUUGGUGUCACCUCUGAGUUGUUCAUGGCUCAGCUCAACAAGUACAUCGAUGAGAACCCAUCGGGCCUGAUCAAGACCGCCAAGAACAAGACUGGUCGUAUUGCCGAGAAGGAGUUCCGUCAAGUGAUGUGCCUCAACUACAACCGCUGCACUGUGGCACCAGGUGAUGCCGUCGGUCUGCUGUGCGCGCAGUCCAUUGGAGAGCCCUCCACACAGAUGACCCUGAACACAUUCCAUUUGGCUGGUCGUGGUGAGGCCAACGUCACACUGGGUAUCCCACGUCUGAGAGAGAUCAUCCAGACUGCAUCCAAGGAGCCAUCGACACCACUCAUGGAGAUAGUGUUGAAGGACCCAACGGACAAGUUGGCCACAGAGAUGUUGGCCAAGAAGAUCGAGUGGCUCAAGAUGUGCGACAUCAUCGAGGGUGUCACUGUGCACGAGCAGCUGCGAGGUGUCGACCGUUGCUACGACAUUGUCCUCACAUUUAUCCCCAACCUCAAGAACCUGCUCAAGAUCAAGGAGAUUGGAGACAAGCAGCUGCCCGACAUCUUUGAGUCAUUCAUCAAGCAGGUGCAGAGCAAGGUGAGACGUGCCAACAGUCAAAAGACGAUCGACGUGUCACAGGGCCAGAAGAUUGGCUCAGAGUACGGCGCCGACGAGGCUGGCGGACUGGACGACGACAACGAGCCCCAAGCUGACGGUGACGACCAGGCUGAUGGAGACAACAACGACAAGCAGAAGAACAAGAAGAAGAAGCAGACCAAGCGCCAAACUAGAGAGGACGAUGACGACAGUGCAUCGGCCAAGCAAAAGGACAAUAAGAAGGAGCGCGCUAGCUACGACGAAGACGACGAAGAGAAGGAUGUAAAUGACGACGAUGAUGACGAGUCCAGCGGAGUGGACCAGAGCGGCAGCGACGACGAGGACAAGAAGAAGAAGUCCAAGGCCGCCGACAGCGACGACGAAGAGGACAGGAACGGCGUGUCCACCACUACCAAGAUCGAGUCAACCACGACCGAGUUCAACUUCUCCACAUACACAUUCAAGAUCUCUGUGCCAUCCAACAGCAAGAAGAUGCUCAUUCUCAAUAUUGUGGAGCAAGUCGCCCUCAACUUUAUCAUUAAGUCCUUCAAGGGAAUCUCACGUUGUUUCAUCAACGAGAAGUCGGGCAGCGGCGGCAAGACCGAGUACUCAAUCCAGACUGAGGGUGUCAACUUCAACGACCUGGCGCAGAUCCAGGACAGCAUCCAGAUGAGCAAGCUCUACACCAACAACAUCGCCUUUAUCCUGGAGAAGUACGGAGUGGAGGCAUGCAAGAGCGCCAUCGUCUCAGAGAUUACCACUGUGUUUGGUGCUUAUGGUAUCACAGUCGACAAGCGCCAUCUCACAAUGUUGGGUGACUACAUGACAUUCGAGGGAGGCUACCGCGCCCUGAACAGAAACGGUCUGGACAACAACCCAUCGCCACUGCAAAAGAUGUCGUUUGAGACCACGUGUACCUUCCUCCAGAAGGCCGUCCUGCUUGGUGACAGUGACAUCUGUGAGUCACCAUCCUCCCGUAUUGUCCUUGGACAGGUGGUUCGCGGAGGUACCGGUGCCUUUGAGAUCGUUACACCUCUCAAUCAAUAA